AUGAACUCCAUGCGGAAUGGGAUAUACGGGGAUUCCUCAUUCCUGCGAAGCAAAACAUCUUCAAGCGAAGACCCAACAACUGAGGAGGAGAAGGAGGAGGGAGGGAGAAGGGUCCUGGAAGGCAGCGGGUGCAGUGCUGGGUGGGCUGAGUCUGAGCAGAGGAAGCGGGGGACACUACUUAUAAGCGACGAACUCCAAACGUGGGACAGGAUUAAAGCAAAUCGAGUGAAGCUAAGGGAUGAUUUUGCUGUGAACUUCGAUGAGCUGGUUCGAAGUUUGGUUGGCAGAGGCGCCAUCACGUCCCAGGAUGAGACGCGAUUCCAAAAAAUACAUGAUACUCAGAGGCGAUUUGAUGAGAUCUGCGUCAACCUAUUUCGCCAGAAUCCGCAAAUAUAUGUUCCAGUCUUUCCCAAAGCGCUCAGUGAUAUUGGGAGGCAGGAUGUUGUGGAGUUCUUGAAAGGUGCAGAUGGACAACUGCAACAGGAAGCCAUUGAAAACAAAUACAAAGGAUGGAAACUCUCGGAUCUGGCAAACGUCCUGGGGAGGAAGGACGGAAGAAAUCUACCUCUCAUUUGCAGAAGCCUCCUCGAAACUGGUCAUCGACAAAUUGCAGAGGAUCUCCUCCGUUCUACCAAGGAAGACCUAACGGCAUACUACGUCGACACCGAUGUGACUAAAUAUCACAAUGAAGUGCUGCUUGCACUGGAAAGAGAAAUAAGUUUGCCGCACUUCAAGAGCCCCGUUGAAAGUAUAAAGAAAUCCGGAGGAGAGAUGGACCAAUUCAGGAGCUUGGUUGAGAGUUUGAAGAAAUCCGAAGAAGAAAGGAUGUACCAAUUUAAGGGUAUUUUUGACUGCUUGGAGAAAUCUAAAAUACAGAGGGCGGACCAGCUCCUUCUUCUUGUGAGUUACAUCCUGCUUUAUGUUCUGGGUCAGUAA